GCGUUCUUGGGGCGUGGGCGAAGCAGGCUGCUCUCGCCUUGGCUGUAGUGUGUGGGCUGGGGUUGGUGCAGCCUCCCAGCCUGUCCGCACUUAGUCCGUAGUUGGGCUCGCGGCGCUUUUGUGCCCGCGUCUGGCCUCGCUUUGUGUCUGCGAGUUUUUUGCCGUGCCCCCGCGGCGCUCCUCCCGGGCGGGAGCCGUAAGGCUCGGAGGCGACAGCGCGGCCCCCGGCCAGGAGUGAGCGCGGCGGUGUGAGCGGCGGCAGUGAGGCUGCGGGGAAGGGGACUAGUAGAUCCCGGAGAUGCCGGAGUUCCUGGAAGACCCCUCGGUCCUGACGAAAGACAAGUUGAAGAGUGAACUGGUCGCCAACAAUGUGACUCUCCCGGCCGGGGAGCAGCGCAAAGACGUGUACGUGCAGCUCUACCUGCAGCACCUCACUGCGCGCAACCGGCCGCCGCACGCCGCGGGCGCCAACAGCAAGGGGCCCCCGGACUUCUCCAGCGACGAGGAGCGCGAGCCCACCCCAGUGCUCAGCUCCGGGCCCUCCACCGCGGGCCGCGGCCGCGCCACCGUCGGCAGGAAAGCAACAAAGAAAACUGAUAAGCCCAGACUAGAAGAUAAGGAUGAUCUAGAUGUAACAGAGCUCUCUCAUGAAGAACUUCUGGAUCAGCUUGUGAAAUAUGGGGUGAAUCCUGGUCCUAUUGUGGGAACAACCAGGAAGCUGUAUGAGAAAAAGCUAUUGAAACUGAGAGAACAAGGACCAGAAUCAAGAUCUUCUACUCCUCUACCAACARUUUCCUCAUCAGCAGAAAAUACUAGGCAGAAUGGAAGUAAUGACUCUGACAGAUACAGUGACAAUGAAGAAGGAAAGAAGAAAGAACACAAGAAAGUGAAGUCCACUAGGGAUUUUGCUCCUUUUUCUGGACUUCCAGCUACUCCCUCUGGUGGAUUUUUUCAGGGUAUUUCUUUUCCUGAAAUCUCCACCCGUCCUCCUUUGGGCAGGACUGAACUACAGGCAGCUAAGAAAAUACAUACUUCUAAGGGCGACCCACCUAGGGAGCCUCUUAUUGCCACAACCUUGCCUGGCAAGAGACAGAUGCAGAAUUUAGCCUCUGGAGGGAAUUUGUUAUUUUCCUCUAAGACUAGCCAUGAUAGGAGUGUAGAGAAAAGUUCUUCGUCAUCCUCUCAGCGUGAACUCGCUGCCAUGUUGGGCUCUACUGCAGCUUCUCCUUCACUGAUUAAAGAAACCACUACUUCUUACUGUAAAGACAUAGUAGAAAAUAUUUACCGUGGAGAGAAAAGUGGAAUUCAGCCAUUAUAUACUGAGAAGUCCAAUAUUUCAGAUCAGCGCAUUCUCUCCAGCGAAAGGGAAGUACUAGAGGAAUCUAAAAGAUCACAAGUAAUUUCCCCACAACUUGCUCAGGCAAUCAAAGAUUAUGUCAAUUCUCUGUUGGUCCAGGGUGGGGUAGAUAGUUUACCUGGGACUUCUAACUCUAUACCCACACUGGACAUUGAAAACAUAUGCAAGAGAAUUGGUCAAUCUAGUUUUCGAGAAACCACUUCCCUGUCUCCUCCACGAAAAUUCCCUAGACUCAGUGAGAAGUCAGUAGAGGAGAGGGAUUCAGGUUCCUCUGUGUCAUUUCAGGAUAGCCAGGUAUUGCAGGAUAUACCUGAAUCUGAACAUAUGUCUUCUUUUGCCAAAACUGUUGUCUCUCGUGCACUUACUACCUUAGGCAUGGAAAAGUCUGAGAAAUCACAGCAUGAUAACAUUGAUAGCUCAGAACUAUCUUUUCCCUUCCAUGAAUCUAUUUUAAAAGUAAUUGAAGAGGAGUGGCAGCAGAUUGACAGGCAGUUGCCUUCAUUGGCACGCAAAUAUCCAAUUUCUUCCAGAGAGGCAACCCAGAUAUUAUCCGUUCCAAAAGUAGAUGAUGAAAUCCAAGGGUUUAUUUCUGAAACUAUCCCACCAGCAGGUAUUCAGGAGGGCUCUGCUGAGUCUUGUGAUAAACACUUGGACUUAACACUUUGUAGAGCAUAUACAGCUGCAGCAUCCACGAUGCAGAUUGCAACCCAUACUGCCUUUGUAGUUAAGGCUAUGCAAGCAGACAUUAGUCAGGCUGCACAAAUUAUUAGCUCAGAUCCUAGUCGUACACACCAGGCACUCAAUAUUCUGAGCAAAACAUAUGAUGCAGCUUCGUUUCUUUGUGAAGCUGCAUUUGAUGAAGUGAAGAUGGCUGCCUAUACCAUGGGAUCUUCCACUCUUGGUCGUCGAUAUCUCUGGUUGAAGGAUUGCAAAAUUAAUCCAGCUUCUAAGAAUAAGCUGACUGUGACUCCCUUUAAAGGUGGAACAUUAUUUGGAGGAGAAGUACACAAAGUAAUUAAAAAGCGUGGAAAAAAAUAAAGUUAAGAGCUAAGUCACCUGUCUUAUCUUUGAUAAGGAAUUUCAGAUAGUUAAGUCAUUCCCUAUGUGGAACUGCUCUUUUAGAUUUACACAGAUAGAAAGGCUGAUAAAGUUUUAAGCUUUAUAGAUCAUAUAUUUGUCUCAAACAUUUAAUGUUUCCUAUUAUACUUUUUACAACUCUUCAAAACUGAGAAUUUCAAUACUAAAAUAAGUAGAUUCUUCACUGUUUCAAAUAUCAUAUGCAUAUUCUUUUCUAUCUAGGGUAGAAUUAAACACUAAUUACACAUUUAAAGCAAUGAUUUAUCCUUUUUGAUACUUCACUUUCUAGAAGUUGUCUACACUUUUAUUUUCUUGUUUGUUAUAUGCUGAUACCUGCAGUAGCAUUCAUAAUAUUCUAGAUCAAUGCAACUUAAAGUAACCAGUUCACAAACUAUUACUGAUCCACAGACAAACAUGCACAGAAAUUUUAAGACUAAGGGGUUCGGGACAUAGUUCAGGAGUGUAGUAUGUGCAAGGCCCUGGGUUAGUCUCCCCAUCCCCCAUUGCUUUUUUAAUAAAAGAAUUUAAAAAUAAAGGCACUUUUUAGAUCAAUGAAAGGAUUUAUUUAUGUAGUACACUUAUUGAUAGCAAAAGCAGUAUAUGGCUUUACAAUCUGAUACAGAUGCCUCAUCACUUCCGAAUUAACUAACAAUUCAUGGACCUCACUUUGAAAGACAUUGCUCUUGUUGGUAAAUAGUCUAGGAUAGUACAAGCAUACACUACCACUCUAUUUUGUCAGAUGAACUAGACACUGGAGAGAUGGGGCUUUUUUAAAAAAAAACAAACUUUUCUUUUGAGGUAUGUGGUAUUUCAUGGAUGAUUAGGCUUAAUAAUCUUGAUACGAAAAGCAAAUUUAUCAGCUUUUUCUUAAAGCCUUAAGAAAUCAUACUAUAUCCCAGUGUCUAUGUCUGUAUAAAACAGUGUAUUAUCCUGUUUUCAUUUCUAUGAUUGUAAGAUAAAAGAAUCUGAUUGUAGAGAACAUUGUGGGAAAUGGUAGUCUCAGCAUAACAGAAUAUGGUCCCUCAGUUCUCUAUCCAUUUAUUCUUAGACUACACAUUCCAUCUUUGCAGCUUUCUGGGAGUAAUUUUGUUAUU